AUGAGCCGACUUGGCCGCCUCUGCGAAUUUACGAACGAAUCGCAGGCGGCAAAAAGCAACAGCAAAGCGAGAGCUCGGCUCCGAGUUAGAAUCCUUCCAAGCCGACGGCAAGAGAUUGAAAUCUUGCAUCCUAAGCCUCGAGCCAUUGUGCAGAAUCGAUUUCCUGUCAACACUUUCCCUCCGCUUGCUGGCCUCCUGGUUGCAGCCCAGCGAAAGAUCAGAGCGUCGACACCCAUCUCGGUUGAGAGUCAAGAGCAUGUUUUCAUGUUGCAACCCUUCUUCCUCUCGCUUCUGUCUCCGCUGGCAAGAUUUAAGACCUACAGAGGAUCAGAUCGGGCAUCUUACUCUACAUCUCUAUUCUAG